GGUUUGAGCCGCCAGGAAAGACCCAAUAUCAGGCGAUAAAUCUUAUGAGAUUUCUACAAUGAAUAUGUAACAUAGAGGAAAAGGUACAUUGCGUAUAUUUAGUUGGUUAGGAAAAACAUCUUUUAAUUACUCUCGUGUUGGGGAGUCAGCUUAAAACUGUCCUUGUUCCGUGGCGAUAAAUUUCUGUGUUGGCACAGGGUCCUUCCUAGGGUCGCCACGGCCACCAUCCACGCUCACCUGUCACUACUGCCUUGCUACUCAGCGUCGUUCAGGGGCCAGCAGGACCGCUACUACCUGGGAAGCUCUUAGGAAUGCAAAACGUGGGACUCCAAGGCUACCUUCCGAAUCCCAUCUGCGUUAUACCAAGAUCCCCGAAGGACUCCGCCACAAGUUCGAAUUUGAGGGGCGAUGCUUCAGUGAACCAUAUCCUGACCCAGGAAACUUGCCGGCCAUGCUUCUCACUGACAGUGGCAGCAGCUGGGAAACACGAAUAGGGAGGAACAAAAACUAUCCGGCUGUCAGAAACGAAGCCGGGCCCAGGGAUCCAGGUUUUAUCACCUCCGACUUCCGGGACGCGCGGGCUUGAGAACGCGCAUGCGCCCGUCCGGGAGGGCGGUGUCUCACUCUCCAGAGGCGGCGGGACCAAGGUUGUUUGUCGGCUUCCGGUUCGCUAGCCCUGGGAUCCUUGAGGGUGUCUCCGAAUAAGAAUCGAGCCGUUUAUGCAGCCAGGAAACGCGGGGUUACAGCACUGAGUGGGUCCAUGGCUCGAGAUAUAAGUCCUGAUCUUCAAACUAAAUAGUUCCAGGAAGGAAUGAAGGAUGAAGCUCUACAGAUAAUAGCUGCCCAAUCAACCUUUACCAAAGAUGAAAAGGAAGUCCAUGAAGACACCACCAACUGAAAUAAUGGUGUUUGAUUCCCCAGAGUAAAUUCUCGUUGAGAAGAAACUUACAGGUACCCCGAAAUGACUGAGAUUGACCAGGCAGAGGCCCAACUCUCUGAGUUGGACCUGCUGGCCAGUAUGUUCCCUGGUGAGAACGAGCUCAUCAUGAAUGACCAGCUGGCUUUAGCAGAACUGAAAGAGUGCAUUGAAAAGAGGACCAUGGAAGGACGAUCUUCAAAAGUUUACUUUACAAUCAGUAUGAACCUGGACGUAUCUGAGGAAGCAAUGGUGAUGUUUUCUCUGGCCUGUAUUCUUCCUUUUAAAUACCCUGCAGUUCUGCCUGAAAUUACUGUCAGGUCAGAAUUCUUAAGUAGAUCCGAGCAGGCUCAGCUGAACACGGAUCUGACUGCAUACCUACAAAAGAACUGUCUCGGAGAUGUCUGUAUACUGAAUGCCACAGAGUGGGUUCGAGAACAUGCUUCUGGCUACAUCAGCAAAGACGUCACUCCAUCCCCUGCUCCAGGAAGUACAGUCCAGCCAGGUGACCACGUUCUCACAAGGCUCUGGAUCUACAGCCAUCAUAUCUACAACAAAUACAAAAGAAAGAAUAUUCUUGAGUGGGCAAAGGAGCUUUCCCUCUCUGGGUUUAGCAUGCCUGGGAAACCUGGUGUUGUUUGUGUGGAAGGCCCACAGAGUGCCUGUGAAGAAUUCUGGUCAAGGCUCAGAAAAUUAAACUGGAAGAGAAUUUUAAUUCGCCAUCGAGAAGAUAUUCCUUUUGAUGGUACGAGUGAGGACAUGGAGAGACAAAGAAAAUUUUCAGUUUUUGAAGAAAAAGUAUUCAGUGUUAAUGGAGCCAGAGGAAACCACAUGGACUUUGGUCAGCUGUAUCAGUUUUUGAAUGCCAACAAAUGUGGGAAUGUUUUCCAGAUGUUGUUUGGUGUGGAAGGACAGUGAGCAGGGGAGUGGCUGAAAGCAUUUUGCCACUGUUGGUCUUUUGACUUUUUCCUCUCUUUUGCUUGAAAGAUUUUGACUUUAGUCCCACUCUAGAAUGUUAGGGAGGGAAAAAAAAGGCAAAGCAAUGUAGCAGAAAUGCAUCUGUUAAAAAUAUGUCAUGAUUAGAACUGAGUUUUAAUUUAUAAUCUUAAAAUUGUUGAUAGACAUUUCUUGACUUACAAGCUACCUAUUUUGAAAAAGAAGUUAAUUAUAUUUAAUUAUAACAUUGGUGGUCCAACUUGCCACCAUUCCCAACCCCUUUCCCCUGUAUCUGUCUCCACUUAAGAACCUGGAAAAGCUAAAUGCUCACUGUCUCAGACUCUUGCAGCUAGGGUGGCCGGGGGACACAGCUUUGACCACGGAACCUCUGGGAAAACUUUUGCUUCCCUGAUUAAAGUGAUAGGUACAGCUAGGGCACCUCUUCCCUCUCUUCUGUCACAAGCACCAAAAUGAUCACUAGAGCUGCAAUCGUCCUUUCAGCCAUGAAGGAAGAAGGGGUGAAGAGAGCCACAGAGAUGCCAAUCCUCAAGCAGUUGAACCACUGAUCCAACACUAGCACCUGCCUAUCUCUAGACAGCUUAUUAAGAAAUAAAACCAGUUUUAUUUGUAUUUCUGUGCCUGUUACUAGCAGCUGAAAGUGAGUUUGCCAAUUAGAUUUUUUUCAGAGCAUUAGUUUUGCAUGUACCCCAGCCAUUUGGUACAAAGACACGUGGGAUUUUUCUUAAACAGAGUUUGCAGUUCAUCUCUAUUUCUGUAUGCUCAUGCUCUGCCCUGCUCCUUGGCUUACCUCAGAGAAGGCUUAGAAGACUUUUUAAUAGGUCUCAAGCAUGCAUGGAAUUGGUAAUUUAGAGCAUUUGUUUUUGGCAAAUUGGAUUUUGACACAUUUUUUUCAUUCUGCAAGUGGCUUUCUGUAAAUCUACUUUCAGCAAAUUGACCCACUCAAAUAAACACACAACCUGGUUUUCGAGACCCUGCAUAAACCA